AUGGUUGAAUAAUUGUUUUCCAAUUUCCUUGGAUUCUACAAGCCUAACUUCAAGAUGUUUACAUCUAAUACGAAAUUUAGAGAGAAGUAGAUGAUUCAGUAACCAAAAAAACGAUAACAUUAGAGAAAUUAAAUUUCUAUUCGAUUGAACAAGAUGGCAGAAAAUUUUACACAAAAGUGA